AGCUUCCGCCACACUUAGCUGGGCGGUGAAUGUUUGCGUCACUUCCUCCCGGAACCGGAAGUGCGAGGUUCUGGAGGAUGGCGGCACCGAAGGUGAAGCAGGACAUGCCUCCGCCGGGGGGCUACGGCCCCAUCGACUACAAACGGAACCUGCCGCGCCGAGGACUUUCGGGCUACAGCAUGUUCGCCCUGGGCAUCGGGACCUUGCUCUACGGGUACUGGAGCAUGGCAAAGUGGAAUCGUGAACGCAGGCGCCUGCAGAUCGAGGACUUGGAGGCCCGCAUCGCGCUGAUGCCGCUGUUGCAGGCUGAGAGGGACCGCAGGGUCCUGCGGAUGCUGAGGGAGAACCUGGAGGAGGAGGCCAUCAUCAUGAAGGACGUGCCCGGCUGGAAGGUGGGCGAGUCCGUGUUCCACACCACUCGCUGGGUGACCCCAGACAUCGGCGAGCUGUACGCACUGCGCACGCCAGAGGAGGUCUUCAACGCCAGCUACGGCUUCAUGUGGUUCUCGGCGUAGGGCGCCGCUCGGAAUAAACGUGCGUGUGGCCCGACCGGCUCCUGUCUGUCCGCCCCGACCCCUGCGGUCCCCCAGACCGGGAUCCCCCAGCUCCG